ACUGAAGCAUCUGCAAAUAUAUUUUGCGGGAGUGACUCAGUUGGUCAAGACCCCAAGUCGGAGGGUCACCGAAUUCCAAAGAGGAAUGAGACCGGGCUGAGCCAUUACACGGGUUUAUGAAAUUGUUUUCAUGGAAGGGAAGCUGGUGCGUCUGCAGUUUCCUUUGCUGGUGAUUUCUUGCCUUGUAUUCCAGCUCCGUGCCUCAGAUGCUAUCUUGCAUGAAUCACGGCGGUCACUUGAGUCUAGGAAGGAAGCAUUGUGCCCUCCUGAUUGGAUCACUGGCCCAGAUAAGAAUAAGUGCUUUAGGCAUAUAGGAAACCCUCAAUCAUGGGAUGUAUCAGAGGCCUACUGUAAAAGUUUAGGGGGACACUUGGCAGCACUGACAUCAUUCCAAGAACUAAGCUCUGUUCAAAAUCUAUGUGGUGAGAGCAACAAUGGCUGCUGGGUUGGAGGGAGACGUGUCAACUCUACUUUUGGUGCUGGUUGGAAGUGGUCUGACAAUACAUCACAUUGGAAUGAAUCAAUCUUUCCCAAUUGCACCAACUCUUCAUGCCACAUAAAAAAUUCAGUUGAUUCUUGUACACUGGUGACAAAUGGAUCCACUUCUCUCAUUGGUGAGAGAUGCAACAUGUCUCAUGCUUCUAUAUGCAUGAUUGAUAUAGAGAACAAAUGUUACCACAUGCACUGCCACAAGGAAUAUCUUAUUAUCCUUGCAGUUGUUAGUGGGUUGAUCCUCAGCACGACAUUAGCUGUUGUGAUUUGGCUCCUUGCAUAUAGGCGUAGCAAGAGGCGUAGAAGAUCUCGCAAACUCUCUAAUCCAGCAGCAUCUGCAUUAGUUCCCCCUUCAUGGAAGGUUUUCACGAAUGAGGAACUGAGGUCAAUUACAAAGAAUUUCAGUGAAGGAAACCGGCUUCUUGGAGAUGCCAAAACAGGUGGCACGUAUAGCGGGCUUCUACCUGAUGGAUCAAGGGUGGCGGUUAAAAGGCUGAAGAGGUCUACUUUCCAGAGGAAAAAGGAGUUUUAUUCUGAGAUUGGAAGGGUUGCUAGGCUACACCAUCCAAAUUUGGUUGCUGUGAAAGGGUGCUGCUAUGACCAUGGUGACCGCUACAUUGUUUAUGAGUUUAUAAUCAAUGGACCCUUGGACAGGUGGCUACACCACAUACCAAGGGGAGGCAGAAGUUUGGAUUGGGCCAUGAGAAUGAAAAUUGCCACAACUCUUGCACAAGGAAUUGCGUUUCUGCAUGACAAGGUGAAGCCACAUGUUGUACAUCGGGAUAUACGAGCAAGUAAUGUACUGCUUGAUGAAGAGUUUGGUGCACACCUAAUGGGGGUUGGCCUCUCAAAGUUUGUUUCUUGGGAAGUGAUGCAUCAGGGGACAGUAAUGGCCGGUGGGACGUAUGGAUACCUUGCUCCAGAAUUUGUGUACAGAAAUGAGCUUACAACCAAAAGUGAUGUUUACAGUUUUGGAGUGCUGCUGCUUGAAAUUGUGAGUGGACGUAGGCCUGCACAGGCAGUUGACUCAGUAGGUUGGCAAAGUAUAUUUGAAUGGGCCACACCUCUGGUGCAGUCUCACCGCUAUCCCGAGCUUUUGGACCCUCUCAUAUCUUCUUCUUCUGCUGAUAUUCCAGAAGCUGGUGUCAUUCAGAAGGUAGUGGACCUUGUGUAUGCCUGCACACAGCAUGUCCCAUCUAUGCGUCCCAGAAUGUCCCACGUCGUCCAUCAACUGCAACAGUUGGCUCAGCCACCUAUUGCCAAGUAAAGUUCAAUCCAUUAACCUGAACCUGUUGUUUUGUAUGCCUUCCUCUGGAAAUAUUUUUUCACUGGGUUUUCUACCCAGUUUUUAUUCAUAGCAUUUCAUGUUAAUUAGAAAAUAUUAAAGAAACAAAGCUGGGUAGUUCAGCUGGGCCGAUUACUUAGUACAAUCUCGAGAAACAAGUUUGAGAUGCUAAUAUGGUUUCAAUGCUGACGUAAUUAUAUGAAAGACUUGUAUUCUUAUGGAGCA